AUGAGACGAAACUGCAAGAAUGGAAUUUAUACAAGCCAGACUAUAAAAUCUUGCAGAUGCAUAGCAUGCAUGAGCUUUAUAAGGCUUAUCCUUGAUCCAAAUACUUGGUAUACCACAAAUAAGAUUCAUAUGAGUUUGCACAACCGGUCUCAUCAAUUGUGUUCAAACUCUUAUAACUUGACUAAAUCAAUAUUUGUCAAAAUGCUUCAUAGAGAUAGAAAAAGAUUAAUUCCUUGGGACUUUCGUCGUUAUAUCAAAAAUAGAAGACGUGAAAAAAGAAAAAUAGUAAAAUUGAAAAAGAAAAAUGUUAUUUGGGAUAUGGACGAUUCUUUAGACUAUUGCUCAUAUGCUAUGAAGAAUGGGUUUAUAGAAAGAGGUCAAUUCAGAUUAUAA